GGAGGAUGGCCGUGCUCAAGCUCGCCGACCAGCCCCCACUGGUCCAGGCGAUUUUCAGUGGUGAUCCAGAAGAGAUCCGGAUGUUGAUCUACAAAACUGAGGAUGUCAACGCCUUGGAUGCUGAGAAGAGAACCCCUCUUCACGUUGCAUCAUUCCUGGGAGAUGCAGACAUCAUUGAGCUUCUCAUUUUGUCAGGCGCUCGUGUCAAUGCCAAGGACAAUAUGUGGCUGACUCCUCUCCAUCGAGCAGUUGCUUCAAGAAGUGAAGAAGCCGUGCAGGUGCUCAUCAAGCACUCGGCCGAUGUCAAUGCCCGGGACAAGAACUGGCAGACACCACUGCACGUGGCGGCCGCCAACAAGGCGGUGAAGUGCGCGGAGAUCCUCAUCCCCCUGCUGAGCAGCGUCAACGUGUCGGACCGCGGCGGACGCACCGCGCUGCACCACGCCGCCCUCAACGGCCACGUCGAGAUGGUGAACUUGCUCUUAGCCAAGGGGGCAAACAUCAAUGCUUUUGACAAAAAGGACAGAAGAGCUCUUCACUGGGCAGCGUACAUGGGUCACCUGGAAGUUGUUGCCUUACUGAUUAAUCAUGGUGCAGAAGUGACUUGUAAAGACAAGAAGGGUUACACCCCACUUCAUGCAGCUGCAUCCAAUGGGCAGAUUAACAUUGUGAAACAACUCCUUAACCUGGGGGUGGAGAUUGAUGAGAUGAACAUCUAUGGAAAUACUGCACUUCACAUUGCCUGUUACAAUGGUCAGGAUUCUGUUGUUAAUGAGCUGAUUGACUAUGGUGCUAAUGUAAAUCAGCCUAAUAACAAUGGAUUCACCCCUUUGCAUUUUGCUGCUGCUUCCACUCAUGGAGCACUGUGUCUUGAACUGCUAGUGAAUAAUGGGGCAGAUGUUAAUAUCCAGAGUAAGGAUGGGAAGAGCCCCCUGCACAUGACAGCUGUCCAUGGGAGGUUCACACGGUCGCAGACCCUCAUCCAGAACGGAGGGGAGAUUGACUGUGUUGAUAAGGAUGGUAACACCCCUCUGCACGUGGCUGCAAGAUAUGGACACGAGCUUUUGAUCAACACCCUCAUAACCAGCGGAGCCGAUACUACCAAGUGUGGGAUCCACAACAUGUUCCCUUUACACUUAGCAGCACUGAAUGCCCACUCAGACUGUUGCAGGAAAUUGCUGUCAUCGGGACAAAAGUAUAGCGUAGUGUCCUUGUUUAGUAAUGAGCACGUGCUGUCUGCAGGCUUUGCCAUAGACACUCCCGACAGCUUCGGAAGAACGUGCCUGCACGCGGCCGCGGCCGGAGGUAAUGUAGAAUGUAUAAAACUCUUGCAAAGCAGCGGAGCAGAUUUUAAUAAGAAGGACAAAUGUGGAAGGACACCUUUGCACUAUGCAGCUGCAAAUUGUCAUUUCCACUGCAUCGAGACACUGGUGACAACAGGAGCCAAUAUUAACGAGACAGAUGACUGGGGACGCACCCCUUUGCACUAUGCUGCUGCUUCUGACAUGGACCGAAAAAGAAAGAAUAUUUUAGGUAACUCCCAUGAAAAUGCUGAAGAACUUGAAAGAUCCGCUGAGAUGAAGGAAAAGGAAGCUGCAUUGUGUCUCGAGUUCCUGCUCCAGAACGAUGCCAACCCAUCCAUCCAGGACAAGGAGGGCUACAACACUGUGCAUUAUGCUGCUGCCUACGGGCACCGGCAGUGCUUGGAACUGCUUCUGGAAAAGACAAACAAUGUGUUUGAGGAAUCUGAUUCUGCAGCUACAAAAAGUCCUUUGCAUUUAGCUGCCUACAAUGGUCACCAUCAAGCUCUGGAGGUACUUCUGCAGUCUCUGGUUGAUCUGGAUAUUAAGGAUGAGAAGGGACGCACUGCUCUGGACUUGGCUGCAUUUAGAGGACACGCAGAGUGUGUGGAAGCUCUCAUCAGCCAGGGCGCUUCUGUCACUGUAAAGGACAAUGUCACCAAAAGGACCCCCCUCCAUGCCUCAGUCAUUAAUGGCCAUACACCUUGUUUACGGUUGUUGCUGGAGGUUGCGGACAACCCUGAUGUGACAGAUGCCAAAGGACAAACUCCCCUAAUGCUUGCAGUGGCAUAUGGACACAUUGAUGCUGUUUCAUUAUUACUUGAAAAAGAAGCAUCUGUAGAUGCAGCUGAUCUCCUGGGAUGUACAGCUUUACAUCGAGGGAUCAUGACUGGGCAUGAAGAAUGUGUUCAGAUGCUGUUAGAGAAAGAAGUGUCUAUUUUGUGUAAAGAUGCCAGAGGCAGGACACCUCUGCACUUCGCAGCAGCUCGGGGUCAUGCCACGUGGCUGAGCGAGUUACUGCAAGUGGCACUUGCUGAGGAGGACUGCAGCCUCAAGGACAACCAGGGCUACACGCCCCUGCACUGGGCUUCUUACAAUGGUCAUGAAAACUGCAUAGAGGUACUAUUGGAACAAAAACUUUUCCACAAGUUCUAUGGUAAUAGCUUCUCUCCAUUGCACUGUGCCGUAAUCAAUGAUCAUGAAAACUGUGCAUCACUACUCAUCGGAGCCAUUGACGCCACCAUUGUCAAUUGUGAAGAUGACAAAGGAAGGACGCCCCUGCAUGCCGCAGCCUUCGCCGACCACGUGGAGUGCCUGCAGCUGCUGCUGAGCCACAGCGCGCAGGUGAACGCGGCCGACGGCGUGGGCAGGACGCCGCUCAUGAUGGCAGCGCUCAGCGGGCACGUGGGCGCCGUCGACUUUUUGGUGAACAUUGCCAAGGCUGACCUGACAUUGAAAGAUAAGGAGUUGAAUACAUCUUUGCACUUGGCUAGCAGUAAAGGUCAUGAAAAAUGUGCCUUGUUAAUACUUGACAAGAUCCAAGAACAGAGCCUUAUUAAUGCAAAAAAUAAUGCAUUGCAGACACCUCUUCAUAUUGCUGCACGAAAUGGCCUAAAGAUGGUGGUUGAAGAGUUGCUGGCCAAAGGGGCCUGUGUCCUGGCAGUAGAUGAAAAUGGUCAUACGCCAGCCCUGGCUUGUGCUCCUAACAAAGACGUGGCUGACUGCCUGGCACUCAUUUUGGCUACCAUGAUGCCUUUUUCUCCUUCCAGUUCAGUGACGGCUUUCAACUUCACUUGUGUUAAAAAAGACAAUUUGGGCAGGACGCACCUCUGCGAUGGCUCUGCUCUGGGUAGCAUUAACUCUUACAAUAAGCCCUUGAGUAAUAACAUAGGAACAGAGGAUGGGUACAAUGAAAAUGAUUCGGAUUCUGAAACAUUCUGA